UAAUGUCAUGAGUCUCCUCCUCUUCUCUCACCACAGCUCAACGACACGUCCGCGUAGGCAUCCCUAUGGCAGGCAUCCACGCACAUGGCCCACGCGUUCUUCAGUGAGAACAGAUUUGAUGCAGAAAGAAAAGUGCGAUGAGACUCGGCUGAUCCUCCAGGCUUUGAGGUGAUCAGACCCUUGUGUGGUCCAACAUCACAUUCCUUGGUUUUGUAGUACCCUUGCCUCUUGAGUUUAGUCUUCCCUUCUGAAUUGAGUUCAUUAUGGGGGAUUCCAGCUCCACCACCUCCAUGCGUCUGAAGCAAGAGAUCUCGUUACUGCAUGGCGUUUGCCUCAUCGUGGGGAACAUGAUUGGCUCUGGCAUCUUCAUUUCCCCAGUUGGUGUUCUUGAGAAAACAGGGUCUUACGGUCUAUCACUGGUGAUUUGGGUUAUUGGAGGUAUCUUCUCUAUUUUUGGUGCCCUGUGCUACGCCGAGCUGGGCACCACCAUUCGCAAGUCAGGAGCCAGUUAUGCCUACAUCCUGGAGACCUUUGGGGGCUUCGUGGCCUUUAUCCGCCUGUGGACCUCGCUGAUGAUCGUGGAACCGGCCUGCCAGGCGGUCAUUGCUCUUACUUUUGCUAAUUAUUUAGUGAAACCAUUCUUCCCCACCUGCUCGCCUCCAUAUGAUGCAGUACGGCUCAUUGCAGCUCUCAUUAUAGGUCUUCUGACCAUUGUGAACUCCAUGAAGGUGAAGUGGGGGGCCAUUCUUCAGGUCAUCUCUACUGUGGCUAAAGUUCUGGCUCUCAUAGUCAUUAUCAUCGCUGGAAUGGUUGUUCUGGCCCAAGGAAAAACUAGUAACUUUAGGGAUUCCUUUGAAAACUCUAAACUGGAUCCAGGAAACAUGGCUCUGGCUCUGUACGCCGCACUGUACUCUUACUCUGGCUGGGACACCCUGAACUUCAUCACAGAGGAGAUUAAAAACCCAGAGAGAAACCUGCCAUUGUCAAUAGCGAUCUCCAUGCCCAUUGUCACAGUAAUCUACAUCCUGACUAAUAUCGCCUAUUAUGCAGUGCUGGACAUGAAUACAUUGCUUAAUAGUGAAGCUGUGGCUGUGACGUUUGCUGACUAUGUGCUGGGAUAUGCUAGCUGGAUCAUCCCUAUAUCUGUGGCCAUCUCCUGUUAUGGAGGCUUAAACUCCUCUAUCAUUGCUGCCUCCAGGUUAUUCUUUGUUGGCUCACGUGAGGGUCAUUUACCCAAUGUCCUCUGCAUGAUUCAUGUCAAGCGCUACACACCAAUUCCAGCCCUCCUGUUUAAUGGUGGCAUGUCACUCAUAUACCUCUGUGUGAAAGACGUGUUCCAGCUUAUUAAUUACUUCAGUUUUAAUUACUGGCUGUUCAUCGGCCUUUCCAUAGGCAGUCAAAUCUACCUGCGUAUUAAAGCACCUGACCUGCCCCGACCUGUUAAGCUGAGUCUGUUCUUCCCUAUAGUGUACUGUCUGUGCAGCGUGUUUCUGGUGGUUGUACCGCUCUUCAGUGACACCGUUAACUCUCUAGUGGGAAUCACUGUUGCGCUCUCCGGAGCACCUGUGUAUUACAUGUGUGUGCACCUCCCGCCUAGCUCCAGACCCGCCUUUCUGGGACACAUGCUCGAUGCACUUUCAUUGCAAACACAGAAGCUGUGUUACUGCUGCGUGGCAGAUCCCAGUUUGGACCUGGACAAUCCGCCUGAGGAUCACAAAAAAGAAUAAACACCAGCUGUAAAGGAAACUAAACCAAUAAAGCUGUAUUACCCAGACGUCUUUGAGAAUAAACCAAAAUUCAAGCCAGAACCGCAUGUCUGCACCCCCCAGUCUGAGCGUGCAUGGAAUGGAGCAAUGGAUGUUAAGGAGAUUAAAUUGAAAAAUGUAUCUGGGUAAACAACCGAACUGGACUGAACAUAGACUAAUACACACACUGUGACUGUUUAAACGCCACGCACAGUACAAGUUAAGUUCAGUCCAGUGGACACAAUGCAAUGGACUGUUGUCAUUGUGACCGUAAGUUGGUGUUUUCUUGAAAACAGCACUUCAGAUUCCCACCCUUUUUUAUUCUUAAACGUUUAGAUUUUUGUUUCUCCAUUUAUGAGCUUCCUCUGUUCAUCACAUCAGUUUUGUGGAUAUGAAGCUCCCUGAUCGACUUUUGUUAGGCCUGUUGACUGAACCCAGUAGAGACAUUCAAGAUGCGUUUGCUUGAUAAUGAAUUUUAUUUACUGAGAUGAAGGUUUGUUUUAUUGGUACUCAACACUUAAAAGCCAUAUCCUUUUUAUACUUGUAGCUCCGUUGGGAAAAUGACUUCUAAAGAUGUUAGAUUAGUGUAACUAAUUUGCCUAAUUUAUAUAAGGAUUUCUUUCUCAUAUCAAGGGUGUCCUUCUUUCUCAUUCAAGUGUUUUGUCAUUUACUCCAGACCAGAUAAAUGUAGAUGUAGAAUAUGCCUCUAUUUUUGUCUCUUUCCAUGAUUGGCUUUUGUUUUUGGAUGUUUUUAUGAUGGAUUAUUUUAUUUGGUCCCAAAAAUAAUGUGAAGGUACAGUCUGUAUUUGCAUAAAUAUUGUGGAACACACUGUUUUAUGGGAGAACUGUCAUCGUGUGCAGAAAUGGGUUUACCGUACAAGGCCAUAUAAAACAGCAGCAUUUGAGUAUAGUGUUUAUAGUGUAUAGCCAGUUUUGGCCAAUCUCAAAUUCCGAUGUUUCUAAAUAGUUCUAUUUUGUACGUUUAUUGACACGCACAGA